UGUAUUAAGCUGUGUAACUAAAUUUUAUUAUUGGAAUUUUAGGUUAAAAUAUUAUUAGGUUAGUGAUGAUUGUUUAAAAUUUAUAAAUAAAGUAACCAACGAGUUACCGGGUUUGCUAUGGCAGAUUGGAGAAUAAACGAAAAAUACCGCAAACCAAGAAAAGCUAAAGGAACCCCAUUUUAUGUUCAGAGAAACUAUUAUGCCUUUGGUGUAAUAUUAGGAAGUGCGGCUUUGUGGUACUUGUACGAGCUGUGGCCAGUAUCCAGAAAAAUAAAGCAAGAUCAAAUAGAUAAAGAGAAAUUUAAGAUUCCUGAAGGUUUAGAAAUUAGGGUAAAACAUAUGCAAAUUGGAAAGUUGAGUGGACCUACAGAUGAGCUUUUAGCAAAAGCCAGAGAGAGAGAAGCAGAUAAAUAUGAUGAAGACAAGUCAAAGCCUCAAUCGUGGCUCAGCAGAGUCUUCAGCUCCCAGCCAGAUAUUUAAAAAUGGCAAAUCUAGGUUUGUGUUCAUUAGUAAUUUUUAAAUGGUUAAUAAGAUCCGUUUAAUAAAAACAUAGACAUAGUAAGUAGUGAUAAUAAAUUAUUGCUAAUUAAUUUGUAUUUUAUUUGCCAGUUCCAAAAAGAAUGAUCACAUUUCAAAAUAUUUCAUUACGAACAAGCACACUGUGGAAGAUUGUACUAAACCUUUAAAUUCUAAUCAUUUUGAUUCACCUUAUAAAAAAUGUUUAAGUGAAAUUAAAAUCAUGUCUGGAGCUGAAGAUCCCAGUAAAGAUUUUAGUACACCUAAACCCAUUAAAGUGCAGAAAAAGAAUCAGAAUAAAAAAAGUGCACCACUCAGACAGAGUAAAUUAAAAUCAAAAUUAAACUUCUCACGAAGUAAAUCCACAGUGAAGAAUUCAAUAUUCAAAACUACUCAGGACAAUUUUGCAUUAUCGGAUGUGAAUCCUGAUCAUCUUCAAAUGGCUAUAGCUUUAUCAAAAUCAACUUACGCCGCUGAAUAUCCAGAACUAUCAAAGAAUACUGAAGAUACUAUUCCAAGCUUUCUAACGCCUGAGAAAAUUCCUAAGGGCAAAACUACUUUGGAGAGGUAUGGUUUUAAAUCUGACAAGCCUAAACUACUUGCAGAAUUCAAAAGAGAAUCUAUUGAGGUUCCAAAGAAAAAUAAAAAUUCGAAAUUUCGUUUUAUAACACCAACUCUCAAAACUCGUACGAUGGAAGAAAGAGAGUCGAUCAUAGCCGCAAAGAUUUCAUUAAUCCUUUCCUCUAAUAAGAAUUCCUGUGAUGAAUCAACAGACUUUCAAAAUGACGAAUUAUAUAGUGAUAAGCUUAAAAAAUUUGUAGGAUAUUCAAUGUUUACAGCAAAUGGAUUUAGUCUUUAUGAAAAUGAUAAAUAUUAUAUAAAAAGUUUAAAUAUUUCCCCGACUAGAUCUAAAUGUGGGAGCUUAUUAAAAAAGUGGGAAGAUAUACCAGGUAGAGAAAAAUCACCAAUUCGAGGUGAGCUUGAUAAAACUGAUAAAAACAAUAUUAAUAAUGUCAGUAUAGUUUCUGUUUCCUCUUCUCAAAGCAGCUUAAAACUAGAUGCAACUAUUACUACAAUUUCCUAUAAUUUAUCGGUAAAAUCUCAAGUAAAAAGGGAUUGUAUUUCUCCAGAUUUAUUUGAAUCUGAGGAUGAAACUGAGUAUACACCACAGUCUCCAAAUACAGUAGACGAUUUUUCACAAUCUUUAUUAUCGCCUUCAAAAAAACAAUUAAAAUUAUCACAGCCUGAUAGCUUUGAAGAGGUACCAAAAUAUACAACUUUGAAGACUGAUAGUUUGGAGCUUAUAGAGGAUAACUCUGAAGAAACUUCACAAAAAAGUUCACCAUUAACAAAAAACAAUGUAAAUGUAAUAAAAAAUAUACUGGAAUAUUCAGAUGAAGACACUGAAGAGUUGUAUAUAAGUUCUCUAAAAGAUAAAGGAGAGUUCGUAGUGAAUUUAACGCAAGAAUCGCCAUCAAAGAAUGCAACAAAAGUACUAUCGCCAGAAGGCGAAAAGUUGCAUUUAAAAUCUCCAAUAAUCGAAAAUUUUGUUGUAGAUCUAACAAUAAGUUCUGACGAUGAUUCGUCUAUUUCUUUUACACAUAAAAUAGGUGGUAAAUUAAAUACAAAUGAAACUGUUGAAACUAUUCUAAGUAAGGAAAGUCAUACUAAAAAUAUAGAAAAUUCUGACAUGAAUUUUGAAAUGUCACCGUUACUUCUAAUAAACUCGGGUAACGUUAUUGAAACUGAAGAACCAGCAAAUUUCUCAAGUGCCUUUGCAGAAAAACCUACGUCUUUACCUGAUAUUGAACAUAGUAGACUUUCGAAAACGUCCUUUGAUAUAUCCUUUGGAUUAGACGGUUGCAACAGUAUGUUAAACGUGACGGACUAUGUAACGCAAAUUCUGAAUCAAAAUGAAUCCAAAAUUGGUGAAAAUAGACAUGCCGACAGUCCAUUAACUAACACACCGUGUUCUAAUACAAAACCUGUCGACAGUCUUGAUAACGAGAAAUAUGAUAUAGAAAAAAGUAACAGCCAAGGUGAAGAUAAGGAUCUUAUUUCAAGUCCAGAAUCGUGUUCACAGGAGAGUAUUAUUAUUAGUGAUGAAGAACUGAAUUAUUCAAGCAUAAACAGUAACAAUGCAAAAAAUAAACAUUUUUAUGAGUUAUCAGACGCUGAUGAAAUAUAUGGAAAUAAUGAAAAUGAAGCAGAUUUAAUGGAUAUCGAUGAAGUUUAUAGCGUUCAUUCAGCAUUAAAAAAUAAGUAUAAAAAUAAAAGUGUCUCAACACCUGUUCAUAACCGAUUAUCCGAACUCAGAGGCAACUCACCCUUAACAAAGGUAUCCCUUACAACAGCGUUUCUAGAGGACUCUUUCAACGAUAUACUAGAAAAUUCAAACAUACUCAAAGAAUUAGAAAGCAAGUCCAAUGAGAAAGUAAUUGUUAACCCAUCCCAAGCUGAAAUCACUGAAAAUAAAUGUACUCCUGAAAAGGUGUUAGUUGCAUCUAAAGAAAAUAUCACAACUCCAGAAAACAAUUUAAUAGUGAAAACAACGAAUGUAACACCUUUAGCAAAUUACGAUGCGAUGAACACUCCAGGAAUUAUUAAAGAAUUGCAGAAGUUUGGCCUGAAGCCGUUAAAACGUCAGAGGGGCGUUAAAUUACUGAAGUAUCUUUACGAGUGCACUCAUCCAUUGGUACAACCUGGUGAAAUUGAAGAAUUGAGUUCUGACGAAGAUGAUGAAAAAAGAAUUACCAAAAAAAGAAAAAAAUGUAGUAACAUAAAAAGAUGCGGUACUAGUUCAGCUGAAAUAGGGGGAAAUAUUCGUAGAUGUGAUCAAAGCGAUAUAGAAAUUGUAGGAGAUGAUCUGCUCAAAAACGAGAAUUUUGAUGAACUAAUAUUUGAGAGGAAGUUCUCUGUAAGAUUUCAUUCAUGUCGAAUACCUUUACAAAUUGUGUGGCAUAAUUUUCUAUCACUAAAUGCGGAUAUAAAAGAAAAUAUACUUUUGUAUGAACCGUUACAAUUAGAAGUUCUACACGCAAUGCUAAAGGAACAAACAGGGUGUAAAUUCCAUAUCCAAGACCUUUUAACAUUUUUUGAUAGGAAAUGCAUCACUAUUCGGACUGCUCAGGGAUCUCGGAGGAAGUCCAAAUUUUAAAAAUUGCUUUUUACGAUUUAUAUUUUUAUUGCUGUUUUAAAAUUUCAAGGAACAUUUUAUGUAUAUUUUAAAAUUAAAAGUAAUUUUAUAUUUUAAUUGUAACCUAUGUUUACUAAACUAAAUAUAAAGCUUUUUUAC